AUGUCCGGCCUGAUCCUCAACCCCAAGCCGUUCCUGACCAACCUGACGGGCAAGCCCGUGGUGGCGCGACUCAAGUGGGGCAUGGAGUACAAGGGCGUGCUGCUGUCGGUGGACUCGUACAUGAAUCUGCAGCUGGCCAACACGGAGGAGUACAUCAACGGAGAGCUCACGGGCAACCUGGGCGAGACGCUCGUGCGCUGCAACAACGUGCUCUUCAUCCGCGGCCUGCUGGACGACGAGAAGCCGCCCGCCGAGGCUCGUGCGGACGGAGCGGAGCCCAUGACGGAUGCCCAGUAG